CCCCCCGGCCCUCGACCCCCGCCCGGCCCCGGGGGGCGCCGCCCCCAUGGACAGGAACUACCCGGCCGCCGGGUUCGGGGACCCGCUCAGCGCCGGGCCCGGCUGGAGCUACGAGCGCUCGGCCAAGGCCAGCCUGGUGUACGGGGGCUCGCGGGGGUCCCACCCUGACCCCGACCUGCUGCACCGGCAGCCGUACCGAGCCCCCCACCCGCUGCAGGGCUAUGCGGCCAACCACCACCCGCCAGGGCUCUCGGGGCUCUUCGAGACGGGUUUGCACCACGCGGGGGGCGCGGCCCCCGACGCCUCGGUCAUGAACCUGAUCUCGGCGCUGGAGUCGCGCGGACCCCAGCCCGGACCCUCGGCCUCGUCCCUGCUCUCCCAGUUCCGCACGCCCUCCUGGCAGACUGCCAUGCACACUCCAGCUCCGGCCGAGCUCUUCAUCUCGGGAGCCCUGCCCGGCUCGGGCACCUUCCCGUCCUCCUCGGCGCUGGGUCCCUACCAGCACCCGGCGUCCUUCGGCGGCCGCAGCUUCCCGGUGGGCUCGCCGCUGAGCCUGCCCGAGGCCGCCUUCAGCCCCGGCUCCAACGGGCUGCUGUCCCCGCACGACCCUCUGCUGCACAUCAAACCCACGCAGCCCGCCGUGCCCUCCUCGCUGGGCUUCGACCGCCUGGGCUCGGCCGUGCUGGGCUCGGCGCUGCCCGCCCAGACGCCUCCGUACCGCCCGGCUCCCAGUUCGUCCCAGUUCAACCUGCUGGCGGCGGCGAGCAGCCGCCUCAGCUCUAACGCGCUGCCGUUUUUGGGGCGCGUAACGCGGGCGGCGGGUGGCGAUCGCGCCAUAUCGCGACAGGACAGCGUCAUCAAGCACUACCAGCGGCCCGGCGCGGCUCAGCCGCAGCUGCCGCCGGCGCCGGGGCUGCAGCACUACCUGAGCUGGGCGGCGCUCCUACCAGCAGUGCCGGCUCACCGCGCCUCGCUGUCCUGCAGCCCGCUGGGCGAGCAGUCCCCGGCCAGCUCCGAGGGCUCCCAGCAGCCUCCCAAAGCCGCUCCGACGGCGCCGCGCCCAGAACCGGGAUACCGGCCCAUCAUCCAGUCGCCGGGCUACUCCGGCGGGUGCCAACGCCCCCGAACGCGCGGCACGGCCGGCGGCAACGGUGGCAAAUCCAAAGUUACUUUCGGCGUCGCGGCAGCGGGCGCGUCCCGCUACGCCCAAACCAGUCGCCCGGCCUACUGCGCGGAGCCAGCCGCCCCAGAGCCUGCUGGCCAUGGGGCGGCCCGCCUAACGCGCCCGGCGCCCAGAGCCUGGCGGGGACGCGCAGCCCGCGCCGGGGGAUUUGCGCGGGCCAGGCCGGGGACAUGGCGGGCAAGGAGGAGGAUACCAGGGCGGGAGGGCAAGGCGGGCAGCAAGGCGGGCUGCAGCCCUGCGUCAGCGCCCGCGGGCACCUACUCGCCCGAGCAGCUGCAGGCGCUGCCCUACGGCGUGCAGCCCGAGGGACAGGCGGGGGGCUACGGGCCGCCCGCCCCCUCGCAGGGUUUGCCCACGGCCAGCCCCUCGCUGAGCUACAGCACCACCGGGCACUUCGCCCGCCAUGCCCGGACGCCGCCGCUGCCCCUCACGCUGGCCUGGCGGCUCCAGCCCUCGCCCAUCAUCCGCCCGCUGCAGUCGCCGCCGGCCGCCCGGCCGCAGAGCGGAGCCUCGCCGGGACAGUCGCAGAAGUACCUGGGCUCCGUGCUGUCGCCGUCCUUCAUGGCCCCGCAGGGCUACGGCGCCGCUCCUCCGGGCGGGGGCCCGAGGCAGCCGCCCCUGCCCGCCGGGCGCCCAGGCUUCGGCAAAGGGGCCAAAGGCGACGCGGAGCUGCUGGCGGCGGAGCGCAGCGAGGACGAGGAUUUCCUGAUCCAGCACCUGCUGCAGGCGCCCAGCCCGCCCCGAGAGGGGCUGGGGGGCUGCGAGGAGCGCCCCAAAACCUUGGGGGGCUACGGCGGGGCGCUGGGCAAGGAGGAGCGGUACCAGCUGCAGAGCGUCAUCCGGCCCAACUCCAACCUGGAGGCGCCGCUGGAGCUGGCGCUGCUCAAGGAGAAGAAGAAGCCGGAGAGAGGCAAAGAAUUCCGGGGGGCCAGCGGAGCAGCAGCAGGAGGAGGAGGCGGCGAGGUGGCGGCCACCUCGGUGGUGCACUACGGCCACCAAGCGCCGCCCUCGAUGGAAACGUACGAGCUGAAGAAACCGCCCGAGCACCUGGCCGGGGGCAAGGAGCUGGGCCAGCCGCCGCCUCCGCACUCGUACCUGCCCAAAACCCCCGAGCACGGGCGGCUGGUGGGCGAGGGAACCCCGCUGGAGCCGCACAACCUCCUGCUGGACCCUUCUCCGGAGCUGGGGGGCUCUCUGCUGCCCUCGGUGCUCACGCACACGCAGAGCCAGCUGCACCCGCGGCCCAAGGGCAGAGCGCCGCUGGACGUUCACCUGCUGGAGCAGCAGAGGAUGCCGCCCCCUCCGCCGCCCCCUCCGCCGCCCCCCGCUCCUCCCUCGGCCCCGCCGGCCCCUCCGGCCGCCCCCUCCCCGCAGCUGCUGCUCGAAGCUCACCUGCACCAGGUGCGCUCGCAAGGCCUGGACCCCCAGGCCCCGCCGCCGCUGCCCCCCGACUCCAUGGAGGUGUUGCCCCCUCCCCAAGAAAUCCAGGACUUCUUGGAGCCCCCCCUGGGUUUGGAACCGCACCUGGGGCAGAGCGCGGGGGUGCAGGGACCGCCCGGGCACCUGCUGGACCCCGAGGCGGGGGUCCCGGCCGUGCCCCCCGAGGCCAAGGAUCAGUUUUCAGAAGGGGGGAGCCCCGCUGGGGGCAAGGGGCGUUUCGUGCCGCUCACGUCCAUCUGCUUCCCGGACGCUCUGCUGCAGGACGAGGAUCGCGGCUUCUUCCCCGGCAUGGAGGACAUGUUCGGACCCCCGCCCGAGGAUUUCCCCAAGGCCAGCGAGGAGGAGGAGGAGGAAGGCAACGCCAACGCGGCCGGGCUGGAGGCGGCGCGGCCCGAGGCGAUGAAAGCGCCCCCUCCUUACGAUAUGGGGCAGAGCUACCCCUCGUUCUGCCCGCAGGACGGGGGCGCCGCCGGGGACCCCCCCCAGCUGGGGCUGGAGCCCCCCAAACACGAGCUGCCCUCCACGGUGAACGCAGAACCGCUGGGCUUGAUCCAGAGCACGGGCGACGGCGGUCCCAAACCCCCCCCUCCUCCUCUGAGCACCCCUUUAUUCUGCUCCUCCAAACCCAAAAAGCUGCUGAAAACUUCCUCCUUCCACCUGCUCCGCAAGCGGGACCCCUUCCCGCCGCCCAAAAAAACCUACGCGCAGGAGUACGAGUUCGAGGACGACGAGGAUAAAGCCGACGUGCCCGCCGACAUCCGCCUGAACUCGCGGCGCCUCCCGGACCUGCUGCCCGACCUCAUCUCCAGCUGCCGCCGGCCUCCGCUCACGCCCAUGGGCGACAUCGAUUUCUGUCCGCACCCCGGCGCUCACGCCGCCCCCAAGAAGCGAGGCCGCAAACCCACCAAGCCCAAGCGGGAAGGGCCGCCCCGGCCCCGCGGCAGACCCAGGAUCCGGCCCCUGGAGCCGCCCGGCUUCCCCGAGGGAGCCAAGAGGCCGCGGGGAAGGGGGGCGGCCGCAAGAUCAAACUGGCCGUCUCCAAACCGGACGCCCGCGCCGCCCGGCCCCCUCGCCGUUCCCGGGGCUCCCCGAGCCGGCCCGGGCGCCCGCGGCGCCAGGGCGCCCGCGCCGCGAGCCGACGAGCAGCCGCCCGAGAUGAAGUCGGGCUUCAUGGCCUCCUUCCUGGACUUCCUGAAAUCCGGCAAGCGGCAGCAGCCGCUCCCGCCCAGCCCCUCCAAACCGCCCAAAGCCGGCACCCCCCAGAACUUCGCCCCGCUCGGGGGCGCGCUGGAGGGCGGCGAGGGCGAGGGGCUGGUGAUGGCGGCCGGCUGCCCCUCGCCCUCCUGCAAGCGCCUGGACGAGGAGCUCAAGAGGAACCUGGAGACGCUGCCCUCGUUCUCCAGCGACGAGGAGGACUCGGUGAGCAAGAACCAGGACCUGCAGAAGAGCAUCAGCUCGGCCAUCUCGGCGCUGGACGAGCCCCGGCGCAGGGAGCCGCCUGAGACACAAGGGAGCUGCCAGGACCUGCAGCAGAGCAUCAGCUCGGCCAUCUCGGCGCUGGACGAGCACCCCGAGCGCAGGGAGCUGCCUGAGACGCAAGAGAGCACAGUGAGCUGCCAGGACCUGCAGCAGAGCAUCAGCUCGGCCAUCUCGGCGCUGGACGAGCCCCCCGAGCGCAGGGAGCUGCCUGAGAGGCAAGGGAGCUGCCAGGACCUGCAGCAGAGCAUCAGCUCGGCCAUCUCGGCGCUGGACGAGCCGCCCGAGCGCAGGGAGCUGCCUGAGACGCAAGCCCCCGGCCCUUCCCGGGGCCGUCCCCGUGCCCGGGGUCCCCGGGCCCCGUGGCCGGAGCCCCCCGAGGCACGCGGCCCCUGCACCUGGCGCAGAAGAGAGAGAGGGCGCACGCGGGGUCUGGGCGGCGACACCAGCGACGAGGAGGAGAGCGGCGGAGAGGGCAUCUUCCGCGAGAGGGACGAGUUCGUGGUCAGGGUGGAGGACAUCCCGGCGCUCAAGGGAACUGGGGACACCAGCGACAAGGAGGAGGAGAGCGGGGCAGAGGGCAUCUUCCGAGAGAGGGACGAGUUCGUGGUCAGGGUGGAGGACAUCCCGGCGCUCAAGCUGGCGCUGCAGACGGGCCGGGAGCCGCCGCCCAUCUGGCGCGUGCAGAAGGCGCUGCUGCAGAAAUUCACCCCCGAGAUCAAGGACGGGCAGCGGCAGUUCUGCGCCACCAGCAACUACCUGGGCUAUUUCGGGGAUGCCAAGCACAGGUACCAGCGGCUCUACGUGAAGUUCCUGGAGAACGUCAACAAGAAGGAUUACGUGAGGGUUUGCUCCAGGAAACCCUGGCACCGGCCCCUGGCGCUCAGGAGACAAACCCCAGCCCCAAACCCCCCCAAACCCGACCCCGCCAAACCGAAGCCCCCCAAGGUGAAGGCGGAGCCCCCCCCCAAAAAGAGGAAAAAAUGGCUCAAGGAGGCGGCGACGACGUCGGAGUCGGAAUCCAGCGGGGACCCGGCGAGCGAGGAGGAGCGGGCCCCGCCGGGGCCGGUGCUGAACACGCGGGCCAUGAAGGAAAUGUACCGGAGCUACGUGGAGAUGCUGGUCAGCACCGCCCUGGACCCCGACAUGAUCCAGGCCCUGGAGGACACCAACGAUGAGCUGUACCUGCCGCCCAUGCGGAAAAUCGACGGGAUCCUCAACGACCACAAGAAGAAGGUGCUCAAGAGGGUGACGCUGAACCCCAGCCUGCAGGAGGCGCUGCACACGUUCCCGCAGCUGCACGCCGAGCCCGGCGAGUCCCUGGUGCGCCUGCGCCCGGGCGGGGACCCCUACAACCGCAAAACGCUCAGCAAGGUCAAGCGGAGCGUGGGCAAACCACAGGAGUUCAAGGUGGAGGUGGAGAAGUCGUUCCUGUACACGCUGUACCACUCCCUGCACCACUACAAGUACCACACCUUCCUGCGCUGCAAGGACGAGACGACGGCCAUCGAGGGCCGCGCCGAGGACCUGGGGCAGGAGGAGGUGGUGCAGCGCUGCAUGCGCAACCAGCCCUGGCUCGAGCGCCUCUUCGACUCCUUCAGCGACCUCCUGGCCCAGGCGCGCGCCAAGUGCGCCUGACGCCCCCGAAACGCGGCGCGACGCCCCCCCAAAAACGGGGAGCCCCCCCAGAAAUACGGGGUGACACCCCCGCGAUGGUGAGGGGACACCAGGACUGAACCUCCCGCCGCGGGGACGGAGCUGCCGGGAUGGGGACACCAAUGUGGGGGACACCCCCCCCAGUGGGGUGCCCCAAAAUGUGGGGACCCCCUCCAAAAUAUGGGGACCUCCCAAAAUCGGGGAUCCCCCCCCAAAAUACGGGGUGACACCCCCAGAAUGGUGAGGGGCCACCCCUGGGACAAGGACUGAACCUCCCGCCACGGGGACGGAGCUGCCGGGAUGGGGACACCUGGACACCCCCAAGUGGGGCGCCCCAAAAUGUGGGGACCCCCCCAAAAUGUGGGGACUCCCCCCCAAAAUAUGGGGAACCCCAAAAUCGGGGAUUCCCCAAAAACGGGGUGACACCCCCGGAAUGGUGGGGGGGACAAGGACUGAACUUCCCACCGCAGGGACACCAAUGUGGGGGAGACCCCCAGCAAAAUACGGGGACCCCCCCUCCCAAAAACGGGGACCCUGCCUCAAAAAAUGGGGACUCACCUCAAAAAACGGGGAUCCCCCCCAAAAAGGGGUGACACCCCCAGAAUGGUUGGGGGGACAAGGACUGAACCUCCUGCCAUGGGGACACCAAUGUGGGGGAGACCCCCCCCGUGGGGUGUCCCAAAAUUCGGGGACCCCCACCUAAAAUAUGGGGACCCCCCCCAAAAUACGGGGACCACCCCCAAAAUAUGGAGACCCCCCAAAAAACAGAGAUCUCCCCCGAAAAUGGGGAUCCCCCCCAAAAAGAGAAUGACACCCCCAGAAUGGCAGUGGGGACAUCUCGCCAUGGGGACACCAAUGUGGAGGGGGCGCCCCAAAAUACAGGGGGACCCCCCCCCCCAAAAAAAAUUGGGACCAUCCCAAAAGCCCCUCAAAAUGGGGGGGAGGUGUUUUUGGGAUAGGGAUUGAAGCUCCUGCAGUGGGGGCACACCUGAGACCCCCCCCCACCAGGGCACCCCAAAAAUUGGGGGGGUCCCCAAAAAUGGGGACAGAUCCCCCCCUCCCCCCAGGAAUAGGGGGAUCCACUGGGGGUCCCAAAAAUGGGGACGCCCCAAAAAAUGGGGACACCCCAAAAAAUGGGGACACCCCAAAAAUGGAGGCAGCUCUGGAGGACCCCCCCACAGGAGACAGCGACCCCCCCCAAAAUUGGGGCACCUCUUUUUUAGGGACCCCCCCCCAAAAUCAGCAGGGUCUGUGUGUCCCCCUCCACCUUUUCUCUGGGGUGGGGGGCUCUGGCCAUUGACAGAGGUACAGUGACCCCCCCCCCCAAAAAAAUCGGGGUGUCCCCACCCCCACCCAAAAGGGGGGUCCCCCAAAAACGCCCCCCCCCGGCGGAGCCCCCCCCUA